CUCCAUCUCCUCCCUUCCCGUCCACGUCGCUCACGCGCGCCGACAGCAUGCCCUUCCGCCCGUCAUGAUGAAUCUACUGCAAGCAGCCAACUGCGCAAAUCAUCGAGGGCGCGGCCGCUGAGUAGGAGCGGAACCGACCAACCGACCGACCGACCGCUCGCCCGCUCAGCCACGACGAUGCAGUCGCGACGCCUCUUCUCGCGUCUCGCCUAUGGGUCGAUCUACCUAUUCCUUUACGUCGUGCUGCUAGGCCUGUUGCUCAUCACCCCUGCCGACGCCAUAGAUCGGUCCAUUGCCAACGAUCAACGAUACAACGUCCUGAUUGUGACCAUCUCUUACGUCGUGACCAUCACCGUCGUCGUCUUCGUCUACAUACUGCGUCUCUACAUCAACAAACUGGCACUCGCCGCGAUCCCCAAGACAUGGGUUCCCAUCGACAAGGGCGACGUCAAGGAUGCUGUGUACAAGAUGGUUGCCGCGGGGCUCAAUCGCAGCGCUACAGUCGCCUUCGCCGCACGCCCUCGGGUGCAGGGUCGCGAUGACGAGGGACAUCCGCACGAAUCGGCGUACCGCGAAGGCGGCGCUGAAACCCGGCGAGGAGGCAUCAACGGCUCUGCGGGAGGAAAGCGGGCUUCCGACGAGACGGUCUACCCGUUGCCGCCGCGGCGUCGCGCCGUUUGGGGCGAUAUCGAGCACUACGGAUGGGCGUCGCCCAACUCGCCCGAUUUGCCAGACUUGCAGUAUAGCACCGUGCUUUCCGAGCUGCCCAACCUCAUCGAAGCCAAGGCUUUGACCAUGGCACCGACAGACCCGGAGUCACAGAGCGAUCCACCCAUGCUGGACCCCGAGGCCACGGCUCUCUUGCAGCGGCAGCCACACAUGAGCCUGAGAGACUACAUGGAGCACCUGGCGGGGCUUGGUGUGGUCAACAUGGGCCAGGUUGCCACCGAUUUUCUCUCCCAGUUUGAAUACGCGCGCUUUUCGAACCGGCCGAUUUCCAAUGCGCGGUUUCGCGAGACUAUGCACCUCUUUGCUGAGCUGCUGCGGGCCAUGCAGCCGCUCGACCUGGAUGCGCUAGACUCGAAAAGUGCCAGUGGCGCCGGAGGCGACGAGGACGAAGACGAUGAAUGGGGCCCGAGGCCAUCAGAGAGCGACAUUGACAAUGAUGCGCCCAUGGACCCGACGCCGCCCUCGCCGAGGAGUAGCGUCUCCCACCCACGAAGCGUGAGUAGUAGAGGAUCAGCGCCCAAGUCGGGCAGGGCCAACGCGUCGGCGUAUGCGUGGAGCUUCCGCACGGCGCCGAACACGCCGGGGAGUAGGCGGACGGGGGGGUUGCGCUCGCUGUCGCGCAAAUCCAGUGGCAACAGCUUCGCACAGACGAGGCGGCCCUUUUCACUCAAUCACAGCCCGAGCUCGCCUAGCCUGCGGUCCAAGGCGUCGAGCAGCGACUCCGGUUCCGUCAUUCGGCUCGCCACGAGGGAGGACCCAGACGCGCUGCCGUACGUCUUGAACCUGCGACCGACGGGUGACGGUGCCCACGAGCAUACGUGAAGCCAGUUUUGAGCUCCUGGCGAAGGGCAAGGGGUUCCGGAAUUUCUAUGACGACAUGAUACCAAAAUAAUAGACAAGGAGAGAGCAAAGACGAAGCACGCACGACGACGACGGGGCCUAGAUAUUUUUCCUAUACCGCAUCGGCUUAUAGUCGGAGCCAAUGCGUGAGCUGUCAAUACCGGCCGGCUCAGUACGUAAACUUAAUACAAAGCAUCGGAAUAGGACCCGAACGGGUUUUCUGCGCAUUGGCGACUUACGUGAAGCGCGAUGACUCGGUAGCUGCGCGAGGCGAUGCGGAUCAAAUCUCUAGGUGGUUAGCUACCUUUAAUUCAGGCAUGAG